AUGAACGGAACAAACCCGCAUGUAGUAGAGAUUUUUUCAUUCUUUUUACAACUGCCAAAGACUGAAAUUUCGAACUCUGGGAUUGUGGAUGCCUCAAACUGGAAAGAAUACUUAGGACCAUUUGCUGGCAAAGCACACAUUUACGCCAUAGUAGGUCCUCUGAAUAUAAAUACCGCAACUUACACAGAGCUUAUGACAAUUGAUGGAAUUGGUAAAGGAAGAUCAAGGACAAUCCUCGAUAAGAGACCAUUUAAAGACCUUGAAGACGCGAAAAAGAAGACGGGUAUACCAGAAAGGGUGUUGAAAAGAUUAAAUAUUCAGAGGUGA